CCUCCUGUGCACAUCACCCUCGUAGAUUCAAACACAAUAAUAAUGGCAUGGAGAUGUAUCUCCAUUCCUGUGGUCGCUGCCACCCUGCUCGGAGCUGUGAUCGCCCUUACCCUCCUCAGCAAGCCGGCUCCCCCCCGCCAGACGAAGGCAGAGAAACGGAACUCAAGGCGACAGGGGAGGAAACGAGGUCGAGCUGCCACGUCCAAGCGCACGAGAUCGAAACGCAAGCAAAACGCGGAGAUGUUGAUAAACGAGAUCGGCAUCGAUGAGUUCAAGAAGAUGGUCCUCAAGGGCAAGCUAGAGAAAGAAGAACAACAGGAGCGAAUGAGGCGGGCGAUGGAUGACCCCGAUUCCUUGCGGCUGGUAAUAGACCUCAAUUGGGCGGAGAGCGCCCCCGGUAAAGAGCUGUCUAGCCUCGUGAAGCAGCUCUGUUACGUCUACAGCCGCGCCAAAGCCAGCUCGAUGCCUCCCAGGCUCACUCUCACCUCCUACCAAGGCAAAGUGGCCGCAGCUCUGGAAAGCGCCGGGGCCGACAGCUGGCUGGUCGACCGCAAUCCUCUAGGCGUCUUCACGGUGUUCGAUCCGACCGAAAUCAUCUACCUCAGCCCCGACGCAGAGGAGCCCUUGGACCAAGUCCUCGAUACCAACGUCUACGUCGUUGGGGGUAUCGUGGAUCGGAAUCUCAGGAAGGGGCUCACCCUCGGGGCCGCGGACGGCGCAAGGGCGCGGGCGGCGCGGCUGCCGUUCGACGAGUACUUGCCCGAGAUUCCUCGCGGCGAUCGAGUCUUGACGGUCUGUGCCUGCGUGGGGGUGUUGAUGGGCGUCCGUGCGGGAGAGGGGUGGCGAGACGCGCUGCAGAAGAGCGUGCCGCGGAGGGGGGUAGAGAAAGCCGCACGCCGGGCGCGGGGGAGGGCGUGGCGAGGGACCGUGGCAGAGGCCGUGGGUGCGGGACAGUCUGGAUGGGGGGUGGUGGGGAACUUUAGUGCGGGUCUUGAGAGCAAAGCUGAAGGAGGUGUUGACGUCGCCGAGGUGAAAGCUGGCGCCGGGUCGAGUAGUGUGAAGAGGAGUGAGGGUCAAAUCCCACCACAUGCCGCAUAGUUGACGAUGAGGAGUUUGGAUGAAAACCCAUCACAUAACACGUGCCGUAGGGAGCACCGAAAUCAAUAGAGAAGUAAUGAGGAACCCUUCGCCUUCGCCGCAUGGUAUUCGACUCUAAACCACGUCAGGAUGCCCCACAGCGUGCUGCGUGCCGAGUUUGGUAAGCGACCUGCUGUAGGUAGACCUCGGUGCUCCUGAAGAUCCACAAACGUUUUUCCGAUACAAGGGUGAUACGGGUGCGAACGCGUCAAAGAUGCACGGGAAAAGUGAAGCACGUGCAGUGGAGCGUAGGAGCGCGUCUGAUCGCGUGUGCAUGCGAGACUACCUCCCUAGCUGCCCAAAUGGAUUCCGUCCUUGUUGAUGAUGGCGGCGCUUGCUCGAUAAGGCCCGUGCCUCAGCACGCCCGUUGGAAAAGCCGUGGUGCAACACGGCCCUCGCUAGAGUGAGGAUAGGAGAUUGCCUUCAGGGCUCCCGACAAGUAAAUGGGCAUUGAAGGUAUUUUUCACCACGCCUCGCUUUUUUCCGGACAGGUAUCAACCUUUGCAACCAUCUCCUGGUGAAGGCUAGUCCCUCUUGUCCGAUACGAGCACCGACUUUUGUGGGCAUCUUUCUGCCGGAAGACGAGUCAAUCUUUCUUACUGUCCGGUACAAGCGUCGACCGCUGUCGGUGGUUGCGUCGGUCAGAUGUUUCUUGACACCUUGCACAUCAUGAUUGCUAGCAAUGUGUCGGCCUUCCAUGUGUUGAAUGUUACGAUGCCGGCGAUGAUGGCAAACAUGAGCGAGUUCGUUUCGUUCAGGGGUCCUGCCCAUUUUUUCAAGGUUAGGUUCUGUAGGGUACGGGUAAUGUCUGUGGGGUAUUGGAUCUGUUACAGAACCGGAGGGAGCGUAAUCUCUGUGGGGUACGGGAUGUGCUACAGAACUCACAGAAGUGUAGGGUAUUGUGGCACGACCGUCACAGAACCCACAGAAGUGUUAGGGUAUUGUAUACAGAACAAGAGGGUAAUCUCUGUGGGGUA